AAGCCGUAAAUCUUCUGUAAUCAGGAUGAGAGGGUGAGAGCAUGCUGCCUGACUUAUGACAGCGGAGUCUAUGUUGGGACCUGGACGGAUUGCUGGCUGGUGAGACACCCGAUCUGGCCACUAGGAGAGAUGCAGGGAGGGGAGAGGCUGGAGCCGCAGGCACUCUGGGACAAAUAACGACCAAGAGGCAGCAGGACGACCGCGGGUCAAAUAUGUGAGGAUGGUUCACCCUCCAAGAGCAGAUCCGAACAGAGAGAGAGCAGAGGACAGGAGCACCCAGUCUGGACCGCUUUAGGAUGUGGGUGGUGCACAGCAGACCCGACGCCCAGCUGUGAUCCCAGGCGGAGGGGUGUUCAAUGGCCGCGGCGCAUGACGACCCCGACCUGGGCGAGGGCCCUUCGGACGACACCGACAUCCUCGUGGACGACUACGACUCAGAGAGCCUGUUUUCGGAGGACUCGGUGCUUCCCAUCUACGAGGACAAUGAAAAGUACACAGAGCCGGCUAAAACGCUGUACGAGGCCUGCAAUCGGAACGACCCCACGGCGCUGGUUCAGAUCCUGGAGAGGGGCGUCACCAGAGACGAGGCCAUGGAGCUGGACAUCAACGGCAAGAACGGACUAAUGGUGGCUGUGGGAAAGGGUUUCGUGGACAUUGUCACCAAGCUCCACGUAUGUCCGCUAAUAGACAUCAACCAUCAAGACAGUGAUGGAAACACUGCCCUCAUGAUCGCCGCACAGGCAGGCUUCAUCACCAUUCUCAACUACAUCCUGAACUACUACACCGAUGUGGACACCGAGGUCCAGGAUCCCAGAGGCUUCACGGCGCUCCUCAAGGCGGGCAUGCAGGGCCGCGAGGACUGCGUGUGCGCGCUGCUGAUGCACGGUGCUGACAUAAAUGCGAUGGACAUGGUGCAAGGGAGAGGUCUGAAGGACUGGGUGCUCAGGACGGGCCGCUUCGAGACGCUGGUGAGGCUGCGGCGCCUGCAGGCCAAACCCGUCGCCGAGCAGUUCUGCGAGCGCUACGUCCUCGAGUGGCCCGAGCUCAAACAGCUGGUGGCGAAGGCCACCGCUGCCAGGACGGCCAGUCAGAGGCUGAGGCAGUGCCUGAAGGAGAGCCUCACCUUCAGCUUCCCCAAGGACCCCCAGGACGACGGGGUUCUGGACCACAUGGUGCGCAUGACCACCAGCAUCCACAGCCCCCUGGUGGUCACCGGGUGCCGCCCGCUCUGCCCCACCAGCCCCCCCGAGAUCGGUAGGCGGCGGUUCGCCGUCACGGAACUGCUGGAGAAGUACGACAGCAGGGAGCUGGAGGAGAGCACCGUAUCCCACAGGAACGGCUCCCUGUCCUCGGCGUCCUCCACGCUGGUCUCCACCAACUCCGCCUCCACCACCUCCUGCUGCCAGGACUCGCAGCCAACAGGCGGCAUGCGGAGCUUCAUCCCCCGCAGCCUGGCGCACAGGAACAGCAUCUUCCCCUCGGGCUGCAUCCCCAGGAUUGAAGUGACCAAAUCCACGGACCCCACGCCCAAGAAGGAGAAGAAGAAGAAGAAGCAGAAGGGCUACCUGGAGCCUCCCGUGUGGAAGUACAAGGAGGCCAAGGAGGAGAAGAAGAAGGAGAAGAGGCGCAGCGAGAGCGACAAGAAGUCGAAAGAGUCCAAAUCCAAAUCACGCAAGAAGUGAGACUGACAAACAGGCAAAAUAUAGUCGUUCCUAAAUACUGUGUAUUUAUAUGAGAAGGAAGGCCUUCGGAAAAUACUCAGUGGGGGUUUUUUGUGGUGGUGGGGGGUGUCUGCCUUUGCACCCAGUGAUAAACGAUACGAUGCGAGCACUGACGCUGUGCAGACACGAUCGGAAGGUUUCCUCCCGGCAACAUUUUACAGAUGUUCACAACGACUCAGUGUGAAGCAGCAUCGGAACCUGAACACACCGCGAACGAUGCUGCACAGUGAUGUCAUAUCGACGGUUGUGCGACUGGACACGUCCUCAGGCCGUCUGUGCCGUGUGGACACUGGGCUUUUACACGUGCUGCUGGGAAAGAACAGAAAACCUCAACUAUAUUGGCGCUGUAUGUUACUCAGGAAGUGUUUUAGUAAUAUGUCAGUAUUUGUCAAAGCAACAAUUCUUCUGUUUGUAGCUCAAACUGGUAAAUACAAAAGUACGUAAUAAUCAUGAACACAAAGCUGCAAUAUGUACAAGAAAAUAUAUAAAAAUGUUUGUUAUCUGAAGAACAAUGUAAAUAAAUCCUGUUAAGAAUGAUUAUCUCUGGAGCUCAGAAUAAAUUCAUUGACUU